GGAGCGGUGGUAAUGGAGGUGGACCACGACAAGCGUCUGGUUUUCACGGAGACCCUGUCCCUCGCCCUGCACAACAGUGACCUUGUUCUCUCCGCGAUGCUCCCCAGCGAAGACCAGGUAGCAUCACGCCUCACCUCUCCAAUAAUCGCCACCCACCUCGAUACCAAAAACAUCGCUUUUGAGAGGAAUAAAUCUGGAAUUUGGGGAUGGCGUUCCGAACGUUCGGAGAUUGUCCAUGGGUAUCAGGCCAAGGUUUUUAGCGCAAACAAUGUUGACCUGGUGACCAAAACAAGAACAGAGCACCUGUCUGACCCGGACAAGGCAAAGAUCAAAGGGACACGGACCCCACUGCAGUCAUUUCUAGGCCUCGCUGAGCAGCAUGUCCCAUCCCCUCUCGAAGGGGUAGGGUAUCGAUCAGACCUCGUAACGCCCAAUCGAUCCCGCUAACCCAGGCUCCCGUCUUAGCCAGUCCCAUUUGCCCGUGUUUGUCCCAUUGCCCUCUAA